GAAGUAAACAGACCCGCACACUGUUUCAGACUCUCUCUCAUCUAUUUGUUCUGUGUGCGGUGUUUUAAUUGUUCGAUCAUCCUUGUCAUUAGAUUCAUUGAUUCAUCACCGACAUGGAAGACUCUGCAUUGUUGAGCAGCGACUAUGGUAAACUCUUCGCGGAGGACACAGACUUUUACAACCGCAUUGUGCUGGCCACUUUCUUGCCACAGUGCGUGUGGGACCCACUUCCUCGCUUCUUCCAAACAUGGCUUCGCAACUACGUUGGUGGAGUCCUUCUUUACUUCAUAUCUGGUUUCCUGUGGUGCUUCUACAUUUACUAUUGGAAACGGAACGUUUAUGUCCCCAAAGAUGCUAUUCCGUCACGUAGAGCUAUGUUGUUACAAAUAGGUGUUGCUAUGAAAGCCAUGCCUUGGUACAGUCUGCUUCCAACUAUUUCAGAGUACCUGACAGAAACUGGCUGGACGAAGUCCUAUCCUAGAUUAUAUCAUGUCGGUUGGCUUGCUUACCUUGUGAAUUUAUCAAUUUAUCUAAUUCUUGUAGAGUUUGGUAUUUAUUGGGUGCACAGAGAGCUGCAUGACAUAAAACCACUUUACAAACACCUCCAUGCUACCCACCACAUCUACAAUAAACAGAACACUCUCUCUCCUUUUGCUGGUUUGGCAUUUCACCCUCUUGAUGGUAUACUUCAGGCAUUGCCACACUGCCUUGGUUUGUUUAUCAUCCCAACCCAUUUUACUACACAUUUAGUGCUCAUAUUCAUUGAGGGCAUUUGGACUGCAAACAUUCAUGAUUGCAUUCAUGGAAAAUUGUGGCCAGUUAUGGGUGCUGGUUACCACACCAUUCAUCAUACUACAUAUCGGCACAACUAUGGGCAUUACACCAUAUGGAUGGAUUGGAUGUUUGGGACCCUUCGCGACCCUGAGGAGGACAAAGGCAAGGCAAUGUGAUGUAAUGAAUUGUAGACUUGCAUUGGCAUUCAUUAGUUAUCAUCUCUGCAUUGUUGAAAUGCGGUUCCUUGCAUGUAAAGCAUAAGUAUGUUCACUGCAUUUAUCUUGUGUAAAUCACAAGGUGAUGUUCGAAAUUAUAGAGACAGGGUUUAGGGUUAAGGUGGUACUUCCUUGUAUCUGACUCCAUUGUUACUGUGUAUACCACAGGUUAUGUGGUUAAGCUUAUUUUCUUUCUUAAAUUGUGUGGCAGAGAUUGAGAUGAUAAUGCAAUUUUCUCCUCAUUUGAGAACUGAUG